CUGAGGUUUGUUGGACUGAAGAAGCUUCAGUUUAUCAGAGACACUUCUAAUCAUGUCUGCACCGUUCUCGGGAGUGGAAGGUCCGGAUCGACACACCCGUAUUAACACGACAAGCUCUCCGGGAUUCCUGGAGCGUUUGGGAGAAACGAUGGGUGGGAUGGCGGUGGGUGUGGCACUCUUCUUCCUCUCCUUCUACCUGCUCUUCACCAAUGAGGGCAGAGCGAUCCGCACCGCUAACUCUCUGGACGAGGGUCUUUCUCAGGUCGUGCCCCUUCACCCGGACGCCUACAUCAACCCCCAGAACAACGGGCUCCUGGUUCACCUGUCAGCCAAGCUGCGCACCGCUCAGCCUCUGUAUGAUCCGAACUAUAAGGUGGCGGUACACGCGGUGAAGUUGAAGAGGAACGUGGAGAUGUACCAGUGGGUGGAGUACCAGGAGACACGGGACUAUAAAGAGGACGGUGAAACCAAGAGUGAGACCACGUACACGUACAACACCGAGUGGAAGUCGGAGGUGGUGAACAGCAGGAACUUCGAUCAGGAGAUCGGCCACAUCAAUCCCAUUGCGAUGGCGGUGGAAAGCGUGACGGUCGUGGCUCCUGAGGUUUGGGUCGGUAGCUUCUUCCUCUCCACAGGUUUGAUUGAUCAGAUCAAUAGUUUCCAGACUCUGAGUUUGGGGGGACUUCCUGUCACUGACCCCUUUCUCACCGUGUAUGAGGAUCACUUCUACCACACGGCUGACCCUCGCAGACCAGAGGUAGGAGACGUGCGGGUCAGUUUCUCCUACGCCGGCCUCAGUGGUGAAGGUUUUUACCCUGGACCAGCACAAGCAGCAAGUGUGGUGGCCAUGCAGCGUGAAGAUCAGCUGAUGCCGUUCAAGGCUAAAUCAGGAGACACACUGGAGAUCCUCUACCUGGAAGAUCUCACUGCUGAGGAGGUGUUUGCUCGUGAACAUCAGCACAACGUGAUGAAGACGUGGGCGCUGAGGGCGGCCGGCUGGCUCCUCAUGUACAUCGGGAUCAACCUGACAAUGCGCAUCUUCUACACUCUCGUGGACUGGGUGCCUGUGCUGAGAGAGCUGGUAUCUGCAGGGGUGAAGCUCUUCGCCCUGUGUGUAUCCUGCUCCCUCUCUCUCCUCACCAUCUCAGUGGGCUGGCUGUUCUACCGCCCCCUGGUGGCCGGAUUGAUCGCCGCGCUCGCCCUGCUGCCCGUCGUCGUCACCCGCGCUCGCAAAGCCGAGAAAAAACGCCAGUGACGAUUACAGAGAACGACGUGAAUCCGUCAUCAUCGUCAUCAUCAUCAUCAUCAUCAUCACUCCUCACUAUCAGACGUUUCAAUUCAGAACUAAAACCAGACACACCGGCGACCUGAUGGUGCGGUCCGCUAGCACAGACUCAACACAACAUCCAAACGAAUUCCCUACUUUAUUAUUUUAUUAUUAUCUCAUUUUUUAUUAAGCACUUCAUCCUGGUCAGGGUUGCAGGGGGUUCACAGGAAAUUACUGGGUGCAAGCUGGUACUACUCUGGACAGGACGACAAUCAAUCGCAGGACUUCGACCACGCCCACACCAGACAUGUCUGUGUAGACGCUCGGCCGGCUGAUAGCACCGCUGAGAUUCGAACCUGGGAAUUAAAGCCUGUUUUCAUAAUCUGUAUUUUGUAAUGAAUCAUUAGUGGAUUGUUAAAUAAGUGCCACACACAUAUUCACCCCCCAUGUGUAUUUUUUGUUGUUAAUAUCCCACUAUGGAUUUUCAUAGUACAUGUAUAUACUUUAUUCGUUUCAUCCACCACUCUAUCCUGGUCAGGGUCGUGGCAGGUCCGGUUCCAUUGGGAAACGCUGGAUACAGGACAGGAACACCCUGGACAGGGCGCCUUGGCCAAUUCAGGCACAACCACAUACACGUGUGUGUAUAUGUAGACGCCAGGCCGGCCAGUGGUACCACAGUUCCACCAAGAACCACUGGGGUGUUCCAUCCAUCACAGGGCUUCGGUCUGUCUACGUCCCCUCUCCCUUUCCCUGUCAGUGGUGUACGUAAUCAUUCUGACAGGCUGUGAUGAUACUGUGAUAGCUCCUGUGUGAGAACACGAGCGCGUACGUUCCUCUUUCACAGCGUUCCGACUGUUCGCUGCUCACUGUAUUUAAGGUUGGAGAGAGUUUAGCUGGCACGUGGUUACAAGUUUAUUUAAGCAAUAAAAAAUUAUGAACUGAAA